AACAUGCUCUGAUCUCCCAACAAAAACCCACGAACCCUGCUAGGCUUACAGAGAGAAGAUGAAAGGAGGGAAAAGGAGAAAAACCUUGAAGUCCGUACAACCCCGGCAUUCCCCUCCACCACCAGCUUCUCCACUUCAGCCCUCUGCCUUUGCCACGACCGUCAGAGGUGGCGUCGAUAUGGUGGUGGGGAUGGCAAAAAAUCCUGAGGAAAGUGAAAGAUUUGAAGCUACUGAAGCUGCUUUUGAAGAUGUAGAAGGGAAAGGGGAAGAUUCUGAGCAGUUGGAAAAUUCGAACGAAGAACUCGAGGUGGAGGCAGAGAGGCGGAAGCUAGCUGAUGGGUACUAUCUGAUCGAAGCUGUGCGCAGUAAACGCAUUCGUAAGGGCCAAGUUCAGUAUCUGAUUAAAUGGCAAGGCUGGUCGGAGGCAGAAAAUACAUGGGAGCCUCUAGAUAAUCUACUGCAAUGUUCAGAUGUUAUUGAUGCAUUUGAAGAAAGUUUGAAAGCAGGGAAAAGUUGGUCAAUGCGUAAGAGAAAGCGCAGGUGCGGUAUAACUUUCACCAGUACCAAGAAAAACGAUCAACAGCAAUCACCUACGGCCGCAACUUACAAUGUGCCUUCACACAGGGUUAGGAUUAAAAAAGGUCCUAUACCCUUUCCUCAGAUAAAUGACUCUGGUGCUGCAAUUGACAAUGGAAAGACUCGUGUUAUUGUGAACCGUGUUGAAACGUCCAAGAAAGUAAAUGAAAAUGGUCUAGAACUGCUUUCGGAAGGAAGAAAUGAAAAAAGCGAGUUUGAUUUGAAGUUAUGUGAACUAAAGGGAGCUACGAUAACGAGUGAGUGUAAUAUGGACAGGCUUGCUGUGCCUUCUCAAGUAGGCCAAGUGACAAGAGGAGAUGCCUUUGCAAAUGGAUUGGAAAUUGCUGAUGUUGUAGAACCACCUCUGUCGAGUCAAUGCAUUGGAGCUAGAAAGAGGAAAUCUGGUUCUGUCAAGAGGUUCAAGAAUGGUCCAGGAUCGUACACGAUGGAUGUUGCACCGAAUGCAAAUGCAACAGGUACUUUGGCAGAACCAAGAGGUGUUCGAAGUCCUGAAUUUAUGGGGAUAAUCACGAAUUGCAAGAGUCAGCUUGAGGAUUCCAGAAAGCUGGGUACUACUAUUGCCCGGAUCAUCAAACCUAUAAGCUAUCAAAUUUCCAUAUCUAACAACUUUGAAGAGGUUUUAGUUGCCUUUGAUGCUGUGAGGCUUGAUGGUACUAAAGUGACGGUGGAUAACAAAUUUUUGAAAGCUAACAAUCCACUUCUGUGCAGCUGAUAGACUUUUAUGAGAAAAAUCUUCGUUACUGUUCCACAUGUUGAACGUGUUAGUGAAUAGAGGAUAGAAGAAGGGGCCUCAUCUUUGCGAUUCUCCAUGUUUUCAGUGUUAACAAUCUUUUCCAAAAGCUUAAACUAUUAGAGAUCACAUGUAAUCAUUUAAAUCUCUUCUUAAGACUAGAUUACAGUAUAUGUAUCUAGGUAUUUCACAGGGAAGAUGGCCAAUAGCGUUAAAGCUUUGAUGAUUCUCACAGUAAAACUUGUCUCUCUCUCUUGUUUGUCUGUUCGCAAACUUGAUUUGAUAGUACAUGCUUUCAUUGCAAGUAUUUUUUA